AUGUCUCCCCUCAGAUACAUCCCCCUGUCUUACAACCACGCCGACUCGCAAGCCUCGGCGCUGAGGCUGGUCCUGUCCCUCAACCCCGACUGGGAGGGACCGGGCAACCAGAUCGAGUUUGUGCGCUUCACAGACGGGAUCACAAAUACUCUCCUGAAAAUCAUCAACCGCAAGCCCGGCCUGACCGAAGAGCAGAUCGACAGCGAGGCCGUGCUGAUGCGUGCGUAUGGUAACCACACAGAGAUUCUGAUUGACCGUGAAAGAGAAACCCGGUCCCAUGCCCUUCUUGCCCAACGCGGCCUCGCCCCGCCCCUUCUGGCCCGGUUCAAGAAUGGUCUCCUGUAUCGAUUUAUCCGAGGUCAUGUCACCUCGCCAAGGGAUUUGGUCCAGCCUGCUGUCUGGCGGGCGGUAGCCAGACGGCUGGGACAGUGGCAUGCCGUUCUUCCUGUCGACGUGUCGUCUGCGUCGGCCCCCAGCGAAGAAACGCCAGCAGUAGCAAGUCGUUUGCAACUUCUAGAUUCGAACAAGAAGGGUUCUGUCCAGCCAGAUGAUAUCACCCCGAUCCAGCCCCGGGAGGCAGGACCCAACCUGUGGACUGUGCUACAGAAAUGGAUCCUGGCGCUGCCCGUGACGACGGAAGAGCAGCGUGCCCGGAGAAGAACCCUGCAGAAAGAGCUGGAGCGGAUUGUAGCGGAGCUGGACGACGGGGCCGGCAUCGGAGAGAGAGGACUGGUCUUCGCCCACUGCGACCUGCUCAGCGCGAACGUGGUCGUCCUGCCGCGAGGCACAAAAUCCGAGUCGAACGACACUGAAGAGGUGCACUUCAUCGACUACGAGUACGCGACGCCCUCGCCUGCCGCGUUCGACAUUGCCAACCACUUCGCCGAGUGGGGUGGCUACGACUGCGACUACAACAUGCUGCCGACGCGGUCGGUGCGGCGGCAGUUCUUGACGGAAUACGUGAAGAGCUACAGCCGCCACGGUGGCAGCCUUGGGGGGAAGUCGGAGGAGGAGGUCGUCAACAAGCUGUUUGACGACGUGGAUCGGUUCCGGGGGAUUCCGGGAUUCUACUGGGGCGUCUGGGCACUCAUCCAGGCGACCAUCUCGCAGAUCGACUUUGACUACGCGUCGUACGCCGAGGUCCGGCUGGGCGAAUACUGGGCCUGGCGGCGCGAGCUAGACGGCAGCCGGGCGCGCGCGGGCGACGAGAUGCCGCUGAGAGAACGUCGAUGGGCGCAGGAAGCCUGA